GUCGGAAGGAGCCGGUGCAGCCUUGACCCGCGUGCGGCAGGGUCAGCGAGGCCCCUGCGGUGCUUCGCCGCCGCCUUCCCCUCCGCAGUCACUGGCCCUCUGGGCCUCCCACAGGUCCAGCAGCGGGUACCGGCCCCAAGAGCGAGGGCGGGCUGUGAACUGGCAUCACAUCGCGUUCCCGCGGGGGCCCCCUUCCGCUUAGGCAGGGAACGGCCGGCAUGGGACUGAGGUCUGUCCGCGAGCGCGGUGCCCCGGAGACCCGGCUUCUGGAAGGAAUCAAAGAUCAACUCCCACUGAGGACAAAUGGACCUGUAAUUCCGGGUGUGACGAGAGAACGGGAUUUACCUUCCUGAACUAAAAAGCAGGUCAUUAAGCUUUGGCCCUGACUUUUCUUUGUGAGAAGGUACAGAGAUGGAAACCUUACAAUCCGAGACUAAAAAGAGGGUCCUUCCCUCAUGGCUGACAGCCCAGGUGGCUACCAAGAAUGUGGCACCAGCAAAGGCCCCCAAGAGGAUGAGAAUGGCAGCAGUGCCGGUGGCAGCAGCAAGACACCCUGCGACAAGGACUGUGUACUGCAUGAAUGAGGCCGAGAUAGUCGAUGUUGCUCUGGGAAUCCUGAUUGAGAGCCGCAAAAAGGAAAAGGCCUGUGAGCAGCCGGCCCUGGUGGGUGCUGAUAACCCAGAGCUCUCCCCUCCCUGCUCCAUGUCGCCUCACACAAGUUCUGGGAGCAGCAGUGAGGAAGAGGACAGUGGGAAAGAGGCACUGGCUGCAGGCCUCAGCCCUUCCCAGAGGCCAGGGGAUUCCAACUCUGCCUGCAGCAGGAGCCCCGAGGAGGAGGAGGAGGAAGAGGAUGUGUUGAAAUACGUCCGGGAGAUCUUUUUCAGCUAGGGCAUAAACUGUGCACUCAACUUUCUGCUGAGAGCAGCUGGAGGACAGCUGAGCUUCCACUGGUGCUGCUGGGCCACCCGCCUGUGGGAAUGGGGCUCUCUGUGCUCCUAGCUUUGUGCCUUCUUGGGCCUGGUGGAUUCAUGUCAGGCCAGAAGUCUCCGGAUGCUCCAGGCCUCGGGGCUGCCAUUCUGAGUGUGCAGAAGGCAGGACUCAAAACAAGAUCCCAUUCGAAUCCCGCUGUAUGUACUGCAUCCUCUUCCAGCUCUGAGGCUCUGGAAUCCCAACUGUCUGUGUUAGUCAGUCACCAGGUUCCAGGGAAAAUGAUGUCAUUUGGUGGUCCAACUUACUGGAACCAAAGAGACAGAACUUUUCAAAGAAAAGGAUCACUGCCAGGUGCACUGGAAUUACUAGUUUAGUCCACAUGAUCUCUCCUGGAGGAAGCCUGUUUAAAAAAUAGUUUCCAUCAUGAGUCAAUCAAUGAGCUCCCACCUCUCCAGCCAGCCUAGAAAGCAAACGAGCUGCCCACAGUUCUCUGCCGUGUUUGGGAGGUUGAGGCCACAGUGUUUGGACUGGUAAGCCAGACAGGCCCCCUCCCCCAAGCUGCUACCUUGCUUUCACAUGUACCUUGGUUCCUGGGCAGCUAGUUAUAAAGCAAGAGGGACAGGAGCCCAAAAGAGACACUAAGGACAAGAGAUCACACCAGAGUACAUGUUUCUGCCUUUGUUUUCAGUGUGGCUUUGGACAGGAAUAAAUGAGUGAAUCAUUUGCCAUACAGGUUUUCCAAUGUGCAGGUGCUGGAAAAUACACACAAUUCCCCAGUGC